AGCGUCAGUUAGCUUCAGUUAGCUUCAGGAACAUGUCAGCCACAGAGGACGACACGGAGCUCAGAGACCUGCUGAUCCAGAACCUGGAGAACAGCGGAGUCCUCAACAAGCUGAAGGCGGAGAUGAGGGCGGCGGUGUUCUUGGCGAUGGAGGAGCAGGACAGACUGGAGAAUAAAAGUCCUCUGAUCAAUGAAAACCUGAAGAAACUGCUCAACACUAAAGACGGUCGUCUGGUGGCCGCUCUCAUGGUGGACUUCCUUCAGGUGUUUAACCUGGACUUCACGCUGGCCGUCUUCCAGCCUGAGAUCAACUCGCUGAACGGUCUGGAUGGUCGGGACCUGGUCUGCAGAGAUCUGGGUCUGUCAGAGUCUGAGGUGAACAGGAACUCUCCUCUGCUGCUGGAGCUCGUCAGGAGGAGACACAAGACCACAGAGGAGCCGACUCAGAAACAGAUCGCACACGCUCAGAAGAAGUUUGAGUUUUAUGACAAGGACGGGAGCCGCUCGGUGUUCAGAGAAGACCUGAAGAAGGUUUUCACAGAUUUGUUCCCCGGUUUGAACAAGAGCAUGUUGGAGAGAUUCAUCACUGAUGAGCUGAGAGCUGCAGACAAAACACUGUCCAAAACCAUCGACUCGCAGCAGUUUGAGCUGUUUUACAGACGUCUCUUCUCCCAGUGCAGAAGUGUGGUUCUUCAGGACUGUGAUGUGAGUCCCGGUCCAGAGGAGAGCUCUCCAGCUGUCAGUAAGAUCCCUCGGUUUAAAGGACAGAAUCUCAGAGGACAGAUUCAGACAGCAGCCAAGGGCUCAGAGAGCGGGGCGUCUCUGGGUAAAGGAGACUCCCAGCAGCAGCAGCGGGACUCCAAACACGGAGACACCUCGGGUCUGCAGAGGGACCGGGAGGACCUGGACCGGGAGGACCUGGACCUGGAGGACGACCCUGACGAGGGGGACUCGUUCUUCGACGACCCGCUGCCCAAACCACAGAAGACCUAUGGCUGCUCUCUGAUUGGAGAGAAGGAGUCUUCAGAGAGGACGAACAGUCAGAGAGACAUUGUCCCCCUGAGGGAGGAGAGUGUCUUUGGGCCGGUGGUGUCCCCCAUGAGGCGAGGCAGAAGCCUCAGCGAUCUGUCUCUCCUGGCUGCUGACUCAGAGGGCGAGCAAAAUGAUCCUCCCUCUGAGCUCAGGAAGGUGGAGGCGUCCGGGGCCAGAGAGAGUCCAGUCAGGUCCCUGUCAGAGGCUCCGAGACCAAGAGGAGGAGGGAGCAGCGUGUCUGAGCAGAGCCACAGCAGGAACGGAGCGCCCAGAGAUCCUGGAUUCAGAGACUCAAAGACCCCCAACGAUAAGACUGGAUCUCUGCAUUUAGAUGACGAUGUGGAGUACGACGAUGACUUCAACAGUCAUCGGUCCGACCUCUCUAAGAGUGAGCUCAGUAUCGGAGAGGAGAUUGAGGAAGUUUCCAUCGAGGGUCCUGAGAACAGCGACAAGUUUGAUGAAACCACUCAGGACCUGAGCGUCUCUCAGCUCAGUCAGAGUCACGGAGCCGACUACAUGGAGGAUGUGGCCUGACCACGCUCUGCUUUCCCAUCAUGCACCUCUUUGUAUCGUCAAUAUUUAAUUCUGUACAGUUUGAAUGAGCAAUAAAUUCUUUUUGUUGUAA